AAACAGCUCGUCAACCACCUCGGUAGCUUGCUAGCCAACAUAGCCGAACGAUUCAAGCUAUUUAUACGCUUUCGGUGUAUAUUACCUACUGUGUUUUAGACACACUUCUGUCGUAUCUACUUGUUAACUUAUUUAAUUUAAUAUUACGUUAUUUGUUAUUAGUCAGCUAUAGUAGCUGGCUGGUUAAAUUAGCACUAGCCUAGUCGCUAAUGAUAGCUAGCUAGCUAACAUCCCCUAACAUGAGCUCCCUAAACUUCUCCCCUCUUGUUAAAGAAGAGGGGGUCUGCUGGACGGAGAAAGAAGCUCUGGGGCUGAACAUUGUCGUGAAAGAGGAGAAGGAAGAAGACGAUAUCACAGUAAAACAUGAAGUAGUGGGUGAGGCUGUUACCCUGAAAGAAGAAGAGAUAGACGUUUCAGUGAAAGAAGAGGAAGACGCGUUCAGAGUGAAAGAGGAGGAAGACGUUACAGUUAAAGAAGAGGAUGAAGAGAAAGAGGCGGAUGCAGUUUAUGGAGUGAAGAAGGAAGGGGAGAUGACUGUCACAUUGAAAGAUGAAGAGGUGGAGAUAGGAGAUCUGAGUAACACCAGACAACGACCCAAUGACCAAAAAGGAGAGUGAUGGAGUGCUGCAUCAGAUAACCUGGCCUUCACAAUCACCUGACCUCAACCCAAUUGAGAUGGUUUGGGAUGAGUUGGACCACAGAGUGAAGGAAAAGCAGCUAAAAAGUGCUCAGCAUAUGUGGGAACUCCUUCAAGACUGUUGGAAAAGCAUUCCAGGUGAAGCUGGUUGAGAGAAUGCCAAGACUGUGCAAAGCUGUCAUCAAGGUAAAGGGUGGCUACUUUGAAAAAUCUAAAAUAUAUUUAGAAUUGUUUACCACUUUUUUUGGUUCCUACAUGAUUCCAUGUGUUAUUUCAUAGUUUUGAUUACUUCACUAUUAUUCUACAAUGUAGAAAAUGGUAAAACAAAUAUUUAUAACCCUUGAAUGACUAGGUGUGUCCACUCGUUUGACUGGUGAUGUAUAUCUCAUGAAUGUUUUUACAUUCAGUUACAUGAAGUCACUUUAUUACCACUUCUUCCAUAGUCAAACAUGUAAGGAAAGAUUUUUUUAAAUCAAAAGGGAUGCUGUCAAAUUUAUUGAAUUCAAAUGGAUUUACCCAGCCUACAAAGCACUACAGCCACUCUGUGAUGACCAGUUCUGCUCUUUUAUUGAGGGAUCUAGUCUAGAUUAAACUUCAUAGGAAGACAGUUUUAUCAUGUGGAGGUUUCUUUUAGGUCUCUGUUUAACAACAUACUCUGUGUGUCUUUGCAAGGAGAGAAACCAGACUCUCACUCUGACAGCGGGAAGAGUUCUUCAGGGGAACCAGACCCAGAGAUGCCCAGACCAGCGAGACAACACCACUGCUCCCACUGUGAAAAUAGUUUUUGCUGGUUAGGGAACCUAAAACUGCAUGAGAGGACACACACAGGAGAAAAUCCUUUUCAAUGCUCCCAGUGUGGAAAGAGUUUUGCCGUGUUCACUAACCUGAAAAGGCACAAGAGAAUACACACAGGAGAAAAGCGUUCCCACUGUUCCCACUGUGGAAUGAGUUUUAAUCCGGAUGGGGACCUAAAAGCUCAUAAGAGGAAACACACAGGAGAAAAGCCUUACCAAUGUUCCCAUUGUGGAAAGAGUUUUACUCAGAUAGGGCACCUGAAAGCUCAUGAGAGGAUACACACAGGAGAAAAGCCUUACCAAUGUUCCCAGUGUGAAACGAGUUUUACCAUGUUAACUAACCUGAAAAGGCAUGAGAGAAUACACACAUGAGAAAAACAUUUUCUGCUCCCAGUGUAAAAAUAGAUUUUCAUAAAUGGCGGACCUUAAAGCUCAUGAGAGGAUGCAGAGGAGAAAAGCCUUUCCAAUGCUCCCAGUCUGGAAAGGGUUUUACCUGGUCAAGUAGCCUGAAGGAGCAUUAGAGGAUAAACACGGUAAAAGUCCUACCACUGCUCUCUGUGUGGAAGAACAUUCAGAGAUCCUGAAAUCAAAUGAGAGAAUAGAAAGGCUGUAUUCUGACUUAUAUUUUUGACUGAGAAUUUGUGUUUUUUGUUUGUGCCACAUUAAAUCAUAUUGUGUAUGAUUACACCUGUCUAUAUAAUGUCCAACAGUUGACAAUGCAUGUCAGAGCAAACACCAAGCAAUGAGGUUGAAUAAAUUGUCCUUAGAGCUCCGAGACAGGAUUGUGUCAAGGCACAGAUCUGGGGAAUGAUACCAAAAAAAUGUCUGCAACAUUGAAAGUCCCCAAGAACACAGUGGCCACCAUAAUUUUUUAAUGGAAGAAGUUUGGAAGACUCUUCCUAGAGCUGGCCACCCGACCAAACUACGUAAUCGGGGGAGAAGGGCCUUUGUCAGGGAGGUGACCAAGAACCCGAUGGUUACUCUGACAGACCUCUAGAGUUCCUCUUGAGAUGGGAGAACCUUCCGGAAGGACAACCAUCUCUGCAGCACUCCACCAAUCAGGCGUUUGUGGUAGAGUGGCCAGACGGAAGCCACUCCUCAGUAAAAGGCACCUGACAGCCCGCUUGGACUUUGCCAAAAAGGCACCUAAAGGACUCUCAGACCAUGAGAAACAAGAUUCUCUGGUCUGAUGAAACCAAGAUUGAACUAUUUGGCCUGAAUGCCUUUUGGAAACCUCCAAGCUGGCUAUCAUGUGCCUUUUAUUAAGGUGUAUAUAUAUAUAUACAUAUAUAUAGCCUGUUCAACCUCUCUUUCGUAUCGUCCGAGAUUCCUAAAGAUUGUAAAGCUGCCGUGGUCAUCCCCCUCUUCAAAGGGUGUGACACUCUAGACCCAAACUGUUACAGACCUAUAUCCAUCCUGCCCUGCCUUUCUAAAGUCUUCGAAAAGCCAAGUUAACAAACAGAUCAUUGACCAUUUUGAAACCCACCGUACCUUCUCCGCUGUGCAAUCCGGUUUCCGAGCUGGUCACGGGUGCACCUCAGCCACGCUCAAGGUACUAAACGAUAUCAUAACCGCCAUCGAUAAAAGACAGUACUGUGCAGCCGUCUUCAUCAACCUGGCCAAGGCUUUUGACUCUGUCAAUCACCGUAUUCUUAUCAGCAGACUCAACAGCCGAUAAGAACAACCGAUCAAUCAACAACCGAUUGCUGCCCACACCCGCCCGACUAGCAUCACUACUCUGGACGGUUCUGACUUAGAAUAUGUGGACAACUACAAUACCUAGGUGUCUGGUUAGACUAUAAACUCUCCUUCCAGACUAAUAUUAAGCAUUUCCAAUACAAAAUUAAAUCUAUAAUUGGCUUCCUAUUUCGCAACAAAGCCUCCUUCACUCACGCUGCCAAACAUACCCUCGUAAACGGAUCGGCGAUGUAAUUUACAAAAUAGCCUACAACAAUCUACUCAGCAAACUGGAUGCAGUCUAUCACAGUGCCAUCCAUUUUGUCACUAAACCCCCAUAUACCACCCACAACUGCGACCUGUAUGCUCUUGUUGGCUGGCCCUCGCUACAUAUUCGUCGCCAAACUCAUUGGCUCCAGGUCAUCCAAAAGUCUUUGCUAGGUAAAGCUCCGCCUUAACUCAGCUCACUGGUCACCAUAGCAACACCCACCCGUAGCACGUGCUCCAGGAAGUAUAUCUCACUGGUCAUUCCCAAAGCCAACACCUCAUUUGGCCACCUUUCCUUCCAGUUCUCUGCUGCCAAAAUGCAAAAAUCGCUGAAGUUGGAGACUUAUAUCUCCCUCACUAACUUUAAACAUCAGCUAUCUGAGCAGCUUACCGAUCGCUGCAGCUGUACACAGCCCAUCUGUAAAUAGCCCAUCCAACUGCCUACUUCAUCCCCAUGUUUUUAUUUACUUUUUUUUCUAUUUUGCACACCAGUAUUUCUACUUGCACAUCAUCAUCUGCACAUCUAUUACUCCAGUGUUAAUUUGCUAAAUUGUCGUUACUUCGCUAUUUUGGCCUAUUUAUUUCCUUACCUCUGUACUCCAUUUGCACACACCGUAUAUAGAUUUUUCUAUUGUGUUAUUGACUAUACGUUUGUUUAUCCCGCGUGUAACUCUGUGUUGUUUUUGUCGCACUGCUUUGCUUUAUCUUGGCCAGGUCGCAGUUGUAAAUGAGAACUUGUUCUCAACUGGCCUACCUGGCCUACCUGGUUAAAUAAAGGUGGAAUAUAUAUAUAUUUUUUAAGUCUUAGGUUUAUUGACAACACUCAAAUGGAUACGGUCAUUAACGCGGUUCUUCAAUAAUUACACAUAAUUCUUAAUACUGUAGCUGUUUAGUUACAGUCAAAUGUUUAACUAUCAUCAGCUGAUCCAGGAAAUCAUUUUCUGAAUUCCAGUCACAUGACAAACAUCACGACAUGCAACAACAACCAAAGUGCUUCUUCAUUCAUUACUCUGGUAAAGACAGUUAUGCUGUGCUCCACGUUGGAUCCAACAUCCCUAACAAAUUGAUGUUUAUAAUGUUAUUGUUUGCUUGAUUUACUGGUAGGGUCUCGUUAGUCUGUUUGCACACAGAGAUCCUUAGCUCAUCAUUUGUGGAGAACUGUUCCUUGAUAAAUAGAUAUACAACACACACUCUCCAGUAUGUCUGUAGUUAUUGUGGUUCAGUGAAGUUAUGGGUCCUACAGUAGGUCUAUGUUGUUUUUAGGUGAAGUUAUGGGUCCUACAGUAGGUCUAUGUUAUUGUUAGGUGAAGUUAUGGGCCAAUUUGGUAAACACUUAACGUUCAAACCCUCAGUUUCAGACUGAUGGCAAAGCUAUCUAAAGAGCAUUUUACUGGUUGAAGUGUUUUUAAAAGUAUAAAGCAGUUGAUUUUCGACAAUAACACAAACAUUUUAAGCAGGUGAUUCAAGCGAGCCUUACAUUCCAAAAGUAAUGUGAAAUGCACUCAUAUUCAACCUGUAAAUGGAGGCUAUUAUUGCUGUCAGUCUAUGAGAACUCCCCUGAGUUUUCCCCCACGGUGGUGAAUUAGUGAAUAGACACAGAGCUUAAUGUGAGUUUCCUUCAGUAGCACUCCUGAUCUUGUGCUGUAAUGUUCAGAAUACAUUGUGAACAAUGAAAAUCUCCUUACCACAAACACAGAAACGCCGAAGGUCAUCUGGCACACUGCUUAGGUUUUUACUAUCUUAAGACAAUUGUAAAAUAAUUUAACAGACGUCAAUUGUUGUACAACUUAAUGGGUAUACUAAGUCCCAGUACAGAGACAAAAUCGAGUCGCAAUUCAACAGCUCAGACACAAGAGGUAUGUGGCAGGGUCUACAGUCAAUCACGGAUUACAAAAAGAAAACCAGCCCCGUCGCGGACCAGGAUGUCUUGCUCCCAGACAGGCUAAACAACUUUUUUGCCCGCUUUGAGGACAAUACAGUGCCACUGACACGGCCCCCUACCAAAACCUGCGGGCUCUCCUUCACUGCAGCCGAGUGAGUAAAACAUUUAAACGUGUUAACCCUCGCAAGGCUGCAGGCCCAGACGGCAUUCCCAGCCGCGUCCUCAGAGCAUGCGCAGACCAGCUGGCUGGUGUGAUUACGGACAUAUUCAAUCAAUCCUUAUCCCAGUCUGCUGUUCCCACAUGCUUCAAGAGGGCCACCAUUGUUCCUGUUCCCAAGAAAGCUAAGGUAACUGAGCUAAACGACUACCGCCCCGUAGCACUCACUUCCGUCAUCAUGAAGUGCUUUGAGAGACUAGUCAAGGACCAUAUCACCUCCACCCUACCGGACACCCUAGACCCACUCCAAUUUGCUUACCGACCCAAUAGGUCCACAGACGACGCAAUCGCAACCACACUGCACACUGCCCUAACC